AUGGAAAAUGCAUUUGAGCAAACCAUCAUUAAUCGUCUUCGGACUCUCAAUCACACCCAGCGCUCUAUCGAGAAGACUUCCCGUGCUUUUUUAAAAAAUCGACACAUGGCAAAAGAGCUUGUAAAGCUCUGGUUUAAGGAAUUUCGUGCAGCCGCUGACAAACUAAAACUCGCUUUUCUUCACCUCGUCAAUGACGUUCUCGUAAAUGGAUCUCAAAAGGCAUCACAAUUCGCCCAACUCUUUGAGCCUGUUCUUAAUUAUGCCUUUCGAGAGACUGCUAGUGUUCAAUCGCACCACAUUCGAUCGGCCGUGGCGCAUUUGUUGGUCGUAUGGGCCGAACGACAAAUUUACCCGCGCCCCUUCUUGCGCCAGCUCCGCACCUCUUGUCAACGAGCCGCUUCACAGGCUGACACACGCAAUCCGGCGAAAAGCAGUUCGAAACCCUCUCCAUUCGAUUUCUCCUUUACCUGCGCCCUCAUCAACGCCUCUGCAACCACGCACCAGCCGCCAUCUCUCUCUCCCGCCCUAAUCUCCACCACCCCCACACUUGAUGUGGGUAGUGGUGGUUCCAUCUCGCCCUACGCCAAUCUGGCAGUGUUCAGGGAGGAGUUGCAGCACGAUCUGGAAUUAGAGGCAGUGAAGUUACCGGAGACCGGGGAGUUGAUUAGACAACUGGAGGCGCUGCAAAGCGCUCCCUCGGCUAACGCGAUUACACGUCAGAAGAUUUCGGAGUUUCCUGAGGAGGUCUCGGAUCCCCAAAUGGUGACAAAAAUGCUCUCAGAGGGUGUUGAUCAGAAGACCAUGGUUGAACGAAUUCAAACCGCCCUGCGCCAAUUGGAAUCAUACAACCGCAGUCUGGACGAAGAGAUGGUUCAGCGCCACAAUCUGAAUUUGAGUCUUCGUGCCUACAAAAAGGCACUACUAGAGGCUUGUCAACAAUCUCGAGCAUGUAUUCAAAACAUUCGCGAAAAGCAGGCCUAUGCGACUUCCCUGCAAACGAGUUUGGACAGCCAUUUGCGAAGUCUGCCAGACGAUCAGAAAUACGAGAGUGCAUUUCUGGCACCACUGCCCUCCGUUGGUGAUCUGUUUCGUUAA